AUGGAGGUAGCUAAUACUCUUGUGUCUGAAAUCCGCAAUACUGAGAAUUGCAUGAUUGAACUGGAGGAACAGGUCUCUAGAUUGCAGGCUGAAUUGAAAAGCAACAAAGAAAAAGAAUUAGAAGACUGUAAAAUCAAACUGUCUUCUCUUCAAAAGCAAAAGAAGGAAUGUGUUUUGGACAUCAUAAGGUUCAUGGAAGAGUAUGAGGUUGUGAAGAAAGACAAGUCCCAUGUGGUGGAUGGCCAAAUAAAAGCAAGCCAAGAAUUAAAAGAGUUGGAAAAUCAAUGGCCUUCUUGUUUGGCUGAUUCGAGGAAAACUGCACUUUUGUUGGAAAUCCUUCUUCAACAGUUGUCAUAUGUUCUGGUGUGGUUUGCUAUCAUUAUGGGUGAUUUUCGCUUGGUUCAAAGUAUGGGUCAGAUGGCGGAGAUUGCUGCCAGUAGUGCUGCUGCAACAAAAUCUGAAUUUGAAGAGAAAAAAGGAGAAUUGUCAGCUGCAGUGGAGAGUGUGGACAUGAAGAUAAAAGAAGCCAAAAGAAGGAAUGAAACUCAAAUUGACCCUUUAGUUAAGCAUUGGGUUCGAAAAGCCAACAACUUCAUUCAGCAAGAAACAAGACCAAAGAAAUGGUUUGGUUUCUGUAAUGAUUGGUUUUCGCAAUAUUCACUGGCGAAGAAAUUAGAGCGCAUCAUGCAAGAGAUUCCAACAAUAAUGGAGAAAGCUGAGAACUUCUCACAAGUUGCACGUGCAGCUGGACCUCCAGGCAUGGAGUUCUAUUCACAAGAGUUUAUGCAUUUUAAGAGUAGAAACUUAGUUUAUGAACAACUUAGGGAGGAGCUGAAAAAUGACAAUAUACAUAGGAUUGGAUUGCAAGCAAUGGGAGGAUCAGGGAAAACCACAAUGACAAAAGCAAUUGGUAAGGAACUUGAAAAUUCAAAGGCAUUUGAUAAAGUUGUCUUCAUUGAAGUGCCUAAUCCUGUUGACGAAAAGAAGAUUCAAGAUGAAAUUGCAAAAAAAUUGGAGUUGAAGUUGGAGGAUGGCAAGGAUUUAACACACGCAGAACAAAUAUGGAUCAGAAUCACUAAUGCUGGAAGUGUACUCAUAAUACUUGAUGAUGUCUGGGAAGAGCUCAAACUUGAGAACAUGGGGAUUCACCAUGGCAUCCAUAGCCAGGGCCGGUGUUGUGUCUUGCUAACCACACGUUAUGAGACAAUUUGUAGAAGAAUGAGCUGCCAAAAGACUGUUAAACUAGGGCUCUUACCUGAGGAAGACGCAAUGAAUCUUUUCCUACAUCAUGCCACUGAAAAUGGGAAGGAUUGUCCUAAUAAAUUGAAGUUGCUAGCAUCAAAAGUUGUGAUUGAGUGUGGAAACUUACCAGUUGUAAUUGUAGCAGUUGCACGAACCUUUAGAAAUUGGGAUCCAAAUGAAUGGGAGGAUGCUUUUGCAGUAAUAGAAAAAGAUUCAUCCUUAAGGCAUGGGAACAUUGAUGAAGAAGUGAAAAAGUUUUACAAUUCUCUGAAAAUAAGCUUCAAGUAUCUAGAUAGAGGAGCGCAAGAUCUCAUCCUGCUAUGUUCUAUAUUCCCAAGAGCUUAUGAAAUACCAGUAGAGGUUUUAAGCAGAAUUGCUAUAGGUUCAGGGCUGAGUGAAAAUGUUGGCAGCUACUAUAGAGCAAGAAGUGAAGUGCUUUCAAUCAAAACCACACUCGUACGUUCUGCUUUAUUGCUCACUACUAGAGAAGGAUUUGUAAAGAUGCACGAUGUGAUUCGUGAUAUAGCCCAUCAAAUAGGAGAUGAAAAGAUUCAAGUAAUCAUGGAUUCUAAAAGUAAAUUGAAGGAGAAUGUAAAAUAUUCAUCCUGGAUGAUAGAUGACUUUUCCAACUCUUUUGAGGGCAUUAAUCUUGAGGUUCUUUUAGUAUGGGUAAAUAAUGCAAGUCAUUCUUUGGGAGUUCCUGAGGCAUUCUUUGGAGGUAUGAAGGGACUUAGAGUUUUGCUUUUGUGUUCUAAGGUUAAGUUUCGGAGAACAUUGGCCUUGUCACUACCAAAAUCAAUUCAUUCACUUGAAAAUAUCCAAACACUGUCCCUAACAAAUUGGGAGUUGGGUGAUAUAUCUAUUUUGCAAAACCUUAAAAAACUCCAAACUCUUGAAUUGACAAAUUGUUCAAUUAGUGAAUUGCCAAAUGAAGUUAGCCAACAGGAGAAACUGAGGUUGCUAGGCUUGGUAGAUUGUUCAAUCGAAAAGAAUAACCCGUUUGAAGUGAUUGGGAGAUGCUCAAAACUUGAAGUAUUGUAUUAUAUUUCAAAUCAUGACACUCUUAAAAUUAAUCCAAAGCCUUCUAAAAUUAUAGAUCUUGAUCAAGAAUUUAGAAUAUAUCAUGUAGAAGGCAACUACUCUUACCAGCGUUCUUUUCAAUUGGAUGCUUCAACAAAAAGAUAUUUCAAUUCAACCAAGUUAAAAGGGAUCUUGUCUGAAAGCACAAUCAAAUCCCUGGCAGCAAGAGCAGAGAUUCUUGAGUUAACAGAAUGUAAUGAUACAAGAUGGACAAACCUUAUUCCUGACAUAGUUGAUCCUCAAGAAGAUGAAGGCAUGAAUGGCUUAAUUAGGCUUUCUUUGAAAUCUUGGCCUGCAAUACAAUGCCUCAUCAAUACAAGUGGAAUUCAAUCUCAUGCAACCAUCUUCUCAAACUUAGUUGAGCUACGACUUUCUAACAUGUGUGUGAGGGAAUUAUGUCAUGGUGAUUUUCCUAAUGACUUUCUCAAGCAACUAGAGAAGCUAUACAUAAGUGGUUGUGCUGAAAUAGACGGCACACUAUUGAAGGGCAAGCUAGAGCUAAGUAGUUUGAAGUCUAUAGAGUUAAAUGGUUGUUCGAUGACAUAUCUUUUCUGUCUAUCCACAGCUCAAAGUCUAAAGCAACUGGAAAAUUUGGACAUAAGCGGAUGCUCAAAGAUGAAAUGCCUAAUAAGUGAUGAUAAGAGAUCUGCAGAGCAAAAAGUGGACGAUCAUCAUGAUUGUAAUCAAAAGACCCAUCACUCAAUGUUCCCGAAAUUGAGGUCUCUGAACAUUGAAGAAUGUCAUGAGUUGGAAUUUAUAUUGCCAAUUUUUCCUUGCAAAGAGCUAGAAAGUGUGAAAAUCCGUGGUUGUAAUAAGCUAGAAUUCAUAUUUCGGCAAUGUUUAGAGGAGGGAGCUUUUUAUUCAAAAGACUUUAAGGAGUUGGGAUAUGUGAGCAUCGGGAAGGCAGAAAAGAUGAAAUAUGUAUUUCGAGAAUGUCAUGCUGAUCAGAAUCAUAAUGUUCAGAGUAAACUUAAUCUCCCAGCCUUGAAAACAAUAUACCUUGUAGAUUUACCAAAUAUGCUUCCUCAAACUUUUAUAGAUUUCUUGGUUGGUGGACACAAAAGACAAGAAGAUCUCUCAAGCAGAAAGGCAUUAUCUUUCAAGGAGAAAGUUGAAGUUCAUACUGUCUGCUUGUACCACGAGAAGCAUACCAGAACUGAGAAGGCUAUUCAUAUCAGACUGUGA